CGCUCCUCAUCCUUCGGAGAGGUUGAUGAUGAUGUUGAUGUCGUCCACUGUUCUCCGCGUAUGUCGGAAAUGGACGAGAGCGCGAAAUCCUGAUAUUUGCUUUAUUCUCUUGGGUCUUGGGCCAUCCCACCCUUGUCCUCUCUUCCCUGUCUCUUCUGGGGAUCUCUGGCGCAAGCCCAAUGAGUCUCUAACGCCGGCAUCCGAUCCGAUCCCCCAAAAUCUUAUCACCGGUUGAUGGGUUUUGGGAGGUCAGGUCAUGGGUUGCGUCAGCUCCAAACAGGCCCGCCGCGAUGCCAUUUCCUCUCCGAAUGCCUCCGCCGCCGUUUCCGCCCGGAAGGGCGGCCAACGCCGCGCCCAGGUAGGUCCGAGUCACUCUACGGUCGGGUUGGGAGGGCUGGAGAAGAUCCGAGAGGAGUCUGAGGAGGGAGAGGACGAACAUUCUUCCCCUUCCCGGAAAAUUUCUGAGAAUCCCAAGGCCGUGAAGAAGGGGCAUAAUCCUGCGAAGAAGGCUGCGUUUAGUAUCAAAUUCGGGAGAUUAACGGAAUCUGAACACUUAGCUGCUGGGUGGCCUGGCUGGCUCUCUGCCGUCGCCGGAGAAGCCGUCGAGGGAUGGCUUCCCCUCCGAUCGGACAAGUUUCAGAGAUUAGAAAAGAUUGGACAAGGUACAUACAGCAGUGUGUACAAGGCUCGUGAUCUUGAUAAUGGCAAAAUGGUUGCCCUGAAGAAGGUUCGGUUUGACAAUUUCCAACCCGAAAGUGUUAGAUUUAUGGCACGAGAAAUAACCGUCCUGCGCAGACUUGAUCAUCCCAAUAUCAUGAAACUGGAGGGCAUUAUUACUUCUAGGUCAUCCUGCAGCAUAUACCUUGUAUUUGAGUACAUGGAACAUGAUCUCUCUGGGCUGUUGUCUUGCUCUGAAAUCAAGUUCAGUGAUUCACAGAUUAAAUGCUUCAUGAAGCAGCUAUUGUCUGGGCUGGAACACUGCCAUGUAAAAGGGAUAAUGCAUAGGGACAUCAAAGUAUCCAACAUUUUGGUGAACAAUGAAGGAAUUCUGAAGAUUGGAGACUUUGGUCUCGCAAAUUUCGUGAGUGCAAGGAGCAAGCAACCGAUGACCAGCCGAGUAGUGACCCUAUGGUAUCGCCCGCCUGAGCUUCUGCUGGGGGCAACAAAAUAUGGCGAGACGGUUGAUUUGUGGAGCGCUGGUUGUGUUUUUGCAGAACUGUUUUUCGGGAGGCCUAUUCUGAAAGGUAGAACCGAGGUUGAACAAUUGCAUAAAAUCUUUAAACUUUGUGGUUCGCCGUCUGAUGACUAUUGGGAACAAUCUAAGCUUCCACUUGCAGCCAUCUUUAAGCCCCAAUAUGCUUACGAGAGUACCCUCCGCGAAAGAUGUAAAGAGUUGCCAAAAUCUGCUGUGCACCUUAUAGAAACGCUUCUCUCGAUAGAGCCUUAUAAGCGUGGAACAGCUUCAUCUUCUCUUAAUUCCGAGUAUUUCCAUACGAAGCCCUAUGCUUGUGAUCCAUCAAGCAUGCCAAAAUUCCCACCAAACAGAGAGAUUGAUGCAAAAUUCCGCGAAGAAGCUAGGAGAAGGAAGGCUGGUUCCGCUGUAAGGGGAUCUGGAUCUUCAAGAAAUAUGAGAAGACUUCGAAAAGGAAUGGCUCCCACUGAGGAGGUGGAGGCCAACAUGCUUGGCUCUCGUAGAGGCAAUGGUAGCGGUUCUAGAGGCGCCACUGUGGCACGGAUGUCACUGAAAUCAUCUUAUGAUACCGUGUCGGAGGCAGCCUCCCAGACUGCAACCGAGGUGUCUCAAGGGGACAGCAUUUGCUCGGUCCCCGCACAAAUGAUCUCAUCGAGCAGUUAUGGAUGGCCAAAGAAGCACGAACGCGCAGCCGCAAGAUUCCAUGCUUUCGCCAAUUCGAGAAGCAUAACAAUGAACGGUGGUGUAGAACCCCCCACGUUGCAGCAGUCCAAAGACGACCCAUUGGGCUUAGAUGAGCAAGACGGUGGCUUGGCUAUUCGGCCGAAGAGUAUGAAGCAGGUGGAGCAACCUUUGUCGUUCCACUCGCCAGAUAUAUAUCACUUCUCAAAGGAGUUAUCAGUGGAGGAACAACCACCGCCUUUUCUGUCACCCGAUUUAUAUCAUUCACGCGAGCAAUCAGUAGACUCUGAUGGGCGGGCGUUCUCAGGACCAUUAACAUACCGGGGACAUAAAAGGCAGGAUGGCCAGGCAGCUCAAUCAGUUCGAAGAUCACGUUUCUGCAGAGAUGUUUAACUUGAAUAGGCGCCUUUAUCUGGACCUCAAAGUCGUCGAAAUUUGAUGUUAAUAACGAGGGCCAUUGUCUGUUUAUUUUUCGAUCUGCACCAACCUUCUUCGACAUUACAGGACAGCAGAAAAGAGAGGUGAGACCAUAAAAGCUCGAUUCACAACUUCUUAGCCCCGAGUGCCAUGCGUAGAUUCGUUCAUGUCUCUGAUACUGCAGGCUUCUUCACAACUAAUCUCGCUUUUUUACUUAAUAAUUUUUUGUAUUUACUUUUCGACAUCGAGGCCUUCUUGCAUUGUAUUGUUCAAUAUGUGUAUGUGUGUCACCUUUUUUCAUUGUUUUUGGCUGGGAUUUUUCCAAGGCUUAUAACAGUGUUGCUAGGGGAUGAUUUUUGUCAUCUUUGUAACAUCCCCUUUGCAGCAGAAAUUGAACAAUAUUUAUGGCGUCGUGAGAAUAUUUGUUAUUAUACAAAGAAUUGAUGGAUUUAUAAAGGAUACCUUUUUAGUCU